CUUGACCUGUGCUCACCCCACGGCUACGAUCUGCCACCUUUUCAGCCUCUACCCCCGCACUAAGCUUGAGAAGGCUGAUCACUGCUUUCUUUUUCUUUCUCCUUCCUUCUUCUUUAUAAACAGCUGCUCUCGUCCUUGAGGCCUUCUCUGUCUCAAUGAGUUCCAAAUCAACAUCCAUAACUACUGUCGCUUCCUUGAAAUCGUGUAACUAGUCGAAUGCGACAAUAUCCCUUUUGUGGCUGCGAACAGUUCACCAAGCACGCGAGUCGUUCAUACACGCAAACGGGCUCAUUACUGCAAAGCAGCUCAUGUCUACCCAACCUCAGCCCUUUCCAGCCGAUGAAUCCCCUUUCAUGUCCGCAAAUAUGUGCUCCCACAGCUUUCCGUCAUCCAACACGUCGUUGACGCGGUCGGGCCAGUCUCAACAACCUCAAUCCGGGUUCUCCCAGAAUCGAGGAGCAGCCCAAGGCGGACGUCCCUCCACACAGGAGAAAGGAGGACCGACCGCCACAGCUCCAUUCCUGCAAGACUUUAGUCUCGUGGCCGAGGCAGCGAAGCGGGCGCAGAUGGCUGUCCUUAUGAGGGACUUAGAAGGCGUUUCUCUAUAAUGGACUGCGACUUAACGACAUCUUUUCACUAAACUAGCGGUUUUGGUCCUUCAAGUUUAAAAGGAGAGCUGUGUUUGCGGCAAUUCGAAGGACGGCAUUAGAAACAUCAUAGAUUAAGAGGCCUUGGUUGAAUUGGUGCGAGUUACGCUGUACAUUUCCACCGAUCUCUAUGCACAUACACGCGAUUUAAAGGCAUGGCGGUGAAGGCUAAACUUGGCAUUUUGGAACUGGCGCAGGGGAUUUAUUGACGGAUCAAAGGGACCAUUUCGAUUCAUUUUCAUCGCAUUUCCUUGGUUUGUGGUGCAACCUCCCUUGGAUGAAGAGAAUCUCAUGACCGACUAGUACGUUAACUGUAACGAGUGAACUUAGGCUGCCGUUUGGUUUACAAGUUAUGUUUUCAAUUUGGUCUCAAAAAGAUCCCACCAGGCUCGUCGCGCGUAUGUCGCAUGUUCUUCAAUCUUAUUGAACCAUAUUUAUCUUAAGUUUCAAUUCAA